UGCUGCAAUCUUGAACGGUGGUGACUGAUGAGUGCAGUGUUGUGGAGUCGCCUGGAUCUUUCUUCUUCCUACAUUUUCCUACUUUUACCCGGUGUCUUACGGAACAUUUCGUCCAGAGGUGAAGCUUCACACGUCGGUCCAAGAUGUCGGUGGCCGGGCUGAAGAAACAGUUCCACAAAGCCAGUCAGCUACUCAGUGAAAAGAUCAGCGGGGCAGAGGGGACGAAGCUCAAUGAAGACUUCAUGGAGAUGGAGAGGAAAAUUGACGUGACCAACAAGUCCGUGUUUGACCUCUUGGCCAAAACACAAGAAUACCUCCAGCCUAACCCAGCCUCUCGAGCCAAACUGAACAUGCUGAACACAGUGUCAAAGAUCCGAGGACAGGUGAAGACCACCGGCUACCCUCAGACUGAAGGCCUGCUGGGAGACUGCAUGCUGCGCUACGGCCAUGAGCUGGGAGAGGACUCCGUUUUUGGCUGUGCUCUGGUGGACAUGGGUGAGGCCAUGAGGCAGAUGGCAGAUGUGAAGGACUCCCUGGACAUAAAUGUCAAACAGAACUUUAUUGACCCUCUGCAGAAUCUACAGGACAAGGACCUCAAAGAGAUCACGCACCACCUGAAGAAGCUGGAGGGCCGCCGGUUAGACUUUGACUAUAAGAAGAAGCGUCAGGGGAAGAUUCCAGACGAGGAGAUCCGACAGGCUGUGGAGAAGUUUGACGAGAGCAAAGAGCUGGCCGAGAGGAGCAUGUUCAACUUCCUGGAGAAUGAUGUGGAGCAGGUGAGCCAGCUGGCAGCACUGAUCGAGGCGGCCGUAGAGUACCACAGGCAGUCGUGUGAGAUCCUGGAGGAGCUCAGCGGAAAGCUGCAGAAGAGGAUAUCCACAGCUAGCAGCCGGCCCAAGAGAGAGUUCAAACCAAAGUCCGUCAGGAGCAGCAUGGAGACCCUGGACAACAGUCAGCACAACGGCCUGACCUACAGCUCCUCUCUCAAAUCCACCGAUAUCCAGAUCAACCACACAGUCAAUGGGAAAACUGAUCAUAUAACCUCUGUUCCACUGUCAUGGCCUGACAGCCCCACUACCAAUGGCAAUGUUCACCAGUCGGAGGUGUUGGACCAGCCGUGUUGCCGCUCUCUCUAUGACUUCGAGCCAGAGAACGAAGGCGAGCUGGGCUUCAAAGAAGGUGACAUCAUCAUCCUCACCAACCAGAUAGACGAGAACUGGUACGAGGGCAUGAUCAACGGCGAGUCCGGCUUUUUCCCCAUCAACUACGUGGAGGUCAUCGUCCCCCUGCCUCAGUGAAGACCGGCACAUCGAGUCCUCUGCAGACUCCGUCCUGCCUCUGUCCUGACUCGGGCCUGAAAAUGCGAAGGGGGGGUGAAGCUGAAAAAGAAUCUGAUUUCCAAGCCGAGCCAGAGAGGUAGUAGUUUUGUCCCGAGCUGACUUAGGAUCAAAUUUCGCUGAUUACAUUGUUUUCUCUGUUGAUAUUUAUGAACCUGAAGCCAACUGAAACCCAAGCCAUUAAGCGGGACACUCUGCCUGGUCGGACCCUUCGUGUCCUUUGGGUCUGACCGAGGUGAAAAUGUCCAGCAGUCGUCAAACUCUGUAGUCCAUCCUGUCAGUCCCUCAGAUGACUCUGCUCCCCGUUUACACUGAUCGAAGUUUAUUUCGUUGAGCUGUCUGCCUGUCUUUGCCCCCUCACCACAGACUGAGGCUUCUUAUCUUUGUUCAAGUUCACCGUUGGACAUCACGACUGAAGAGUUCGUCAUUUCAAAAAAUGAUAUGCUUUCAUUUGCAUUACAGUCACAUUAGAAACGUGAUAUACAUUUCAGGAUGUUUUCAGUCCCAUUACAUCGUCAUAUAGAGGCUUUGUGUUUGCUCCACAAAUCCCACAUAGCUAUGGCUUGAACUGUCGUGGACAUCUCUCAUCGUGCUGACCACAUGCUAGCUACAAGAAACUAAAAUAAUCCAAGUACAAAUGUAGGCAGGAGUUAAUGACAAGCAACCCCAGGUGUCACGCCAUGCAGAUGGGUUUGGUUUUAUUUUAUCAAGCUUUGAGAUAUUGUCUCCAAAGUUAAUGACUCCAUUCCAAUUUAACACAGGUGAAUGGAAUUUAAUUUGUGGUGCUUAUAGAUUGAACAAAGACAAAAGAAAAACUAAGAAAAUUGGAUCUGUUUAAAUUUGGGUGAACUGACCCAAAAAAGCCCACAUUUUCUCAGCCACUGCUUCCAAUAUGGCCGCCUCGGUGCUGAAUACCGCUGAUUUUGUGUUUUGUAUUUUAAAAGCAUUUUAUAUAUGUGUUGUCUGAACACAGGCCUCAUUUUUCUGUUUUUAUGACUCCUUGUGAGGCCUUCCAGUGAAGUCUUGCCAAAGUUCGAGGAUAAUUUCAGCUCCCUCAAUGUUGUUGUAAUUUUGCCCAUCAUUUCUAUCAGCAGUAAUUACAUUGUACACGAGAACAAAGUGACAUAGCUGAAAAGAAGUCAGACAUGUCAAGAAACACCAGCAGUGAGACAAUUAGUUUGUAAAGCUGUGCUAACCAAUAUGGGUCACUCCACAGUGGGUCAAAUGACUACUUGUAUGUCAAUUUCAGAACCCAUCGCCUAUCAGACUGACCACAGUGUGCCUGCAGGGGGGCAACGGACAAUAUUUGGGGGAUACAGGUUGAGCAGCAACCUCCAAGGCUGAAAAAUGACACCAUCAAGGAAGUGCCAAAAACUGCAGUUCCUCAAAUGGCCACUUGGGGCUGGUUCCAGAAGCAGCUCAAUCCCCACAGACCGACCAUGUUGAAAUGCCCAACUUUAGAGCAGAAGUAAACAUGUUUACAACCUGGUACAAAAACCAGUUUUGGUAACCAUAGCUAAUUACAACAUUCAUGAAAACUGUAAAUGGUCAACAUUUAUAUAACUACUCUACAGCGCCCCCCUCUGGUCUGAAUAUGGUUACUUUUGGCUAAAAAAGAUAGUACAAGAUAGCGACGGCUGAAAUGCAGAACUCGAGACUUCAGAACGAUAGUCUGCAAACCAACAGGUGACAUCAAGUAGGCCCAUUAUUUUAUACAGUCAAUGGUUCUGGUGUAGCCAGCUAGUAUCCAGAUAACAGAUAAGCAGCCCAAGACCUCCAUAUAUAUGUCAGGUAAUGUUUACAGUCCUAUUAGCAACUCGAGAUCUGAGAAUGGAGUUGAAAUUGAGAAACAAUGUCUAUCCCUGUGUUUUUCCGAAUACUGUUCAAAAACGAAAUUAAUUAUAAGCGAAAUUCUACAACAUUCUGAGUUUUUUGCAGUUGGUGAUCGCAGCGCAGGCAGAGCUCUCCAUGAAUUCUUUUGUCUUGUUUUUAAUACUCAGCAGCAGAUUGUGACUCACAGGGUGGAUAAUCGAUCAGCCCAAGCCAUUCAGAGCUGUUUGAUCAGAGAGGAGCAGCUGCUGCAAGUGAAUGCAAACUUUUAGACCCCGCAAAAUGAACGCUUAAGUUUCACUUUAAAUGCACCUGCCUUUCUUGGCAUUCUUUUCAAUGCGCCCGACUAUUUGCGCAUUGACAGUCAGAGUGAUGCUCCCUCACAAACCCUCAGGUUAACCAACCAUAUUUGGGGGAGAAAUUAAAGGCGGAAGUUUAACUGAUCAGUUUACAGACAGACUUCUGAUCUGAUUUAACUUUGACCCAUCUUACUUGGCGUAGUUAUGCGCACACAGUUUUCCUUUGCAUUCAAGGAUUAUAAGCAGUGUUUCAGACGGGCUCACUUUUAGUUUUAACUCCAGAAAAAUGAAAAGUUGUUUACGUAAUGUGGAUAAACUGUCUGCUUAUUUACAACCUGCCUUACCGUCGGACUGCUGGUGUUUCUCACCCUGUUUGAUAACUGAUAGAAAUGAUGGCCGAAAUUAUAAAAACAACUUCCAAGUUGAUAUAAACCAGAGUUUAAAAUGUGAAGUUAAACUUGUGCUUUACGUAGGCGUUAGCUGGAUGAUGCUCCUCCUCUCCACACAAACAUUCCUUUGCUAUUUAUUUUAGACGUUCUUAUAUGAUUUUGUGAACAUUUCAAGCCACAGCUCUUGGACAGCGAUCACACCGAACUCACAGAGUUUGAAGCCACCAGUGUUUGAAAGCUCCACAUUCCACUGGGAUCAUGGCAGACAGUACGUGAUGUAUAUUACCACUCCGUUCGACUCUGCCUGUGUUCAGGUGGGCCUGUCUCGUGUUGUAACUCUGUACCUUAAUGUUCUUGUCCUUUUUCCUCCCCAAACUGACUCUGCCUGUUUGCCUGCUGUGCUCUUAAGUGUGGCCCAGAACACGUUCUUACGACUGUGAGGAACUGAAGUGAACUCCAUUUCUCUGAAUGUCCCUCUCUCUGUCUCUGUUUACAUGCUCUGACUCUUUGUGACAUGAUGUAAGGACUGUGCCGCCCGCUCUCUGUCAGAUAGGGAUGAAAGCCUUGAGGCACUGAAACCAUGAGAAAGUGCUUUUUUAAAAUGUCGUCUGUAUUGCACUGAAGCUUUAGAAUCUACCUACCACAUACGUUUAUGGACAUGCACCUUUUUGUUUGUUGAUAUUUCCUUUUCUUCAGCGUUGCACUUUGUGUUCUUCACAACAGGGUUAGAAUCACUACCAUAUCAGAAAUGUCCGUGAAGUCAGAGUGGUAGAAACUUAGACUUAUAUAACCACAGAUGUUAUUUGACUGUACUAUAAUGAAUCUCAGCUAUUGUAAUGUAGAUUGGAGAAAAACAUGGUUGUAUCACAUCUUAAAUCAGACGUCUGUGGAAGUAGGAGAUCCUGUAAACCUCGUGAAACUCAUUCCAGCUCUUCUAGUAGCUCGUGAUAAGCCGUAGGAUAAGUGAAGGCCUGCAGUUACUGUGUGGCUGUGCUGAUAAACGUGUUUGUUUAGGAAGUCCCAUCACGGCGUCAUUUGUGAAACACCUUGGAAGUAUGGAAAGCCCAGAGUGCCAUUAAACCCUUCGGUUUCACCCAAUUUAUUUUACAAAGGCGUUUUUCUCCGUUUUAUUCAACAAAAACGCCACUUUUUAGGAUGCUCUGGUAAAUAAUUUUAAAACAGUUUGCUGUUUUUUUUUUUGUUUGUUUUUUAGCAUAAAAACUUUAUUUUAAUAUAUUUCACCAAAGCGCUGUAAAAAGCAGCGUUUUUUUUAACAGCUUUUUCUACACCAUAAAGAGUGAUAUUAUUCACCUUUUUUUUAACUCUUUAAAAACCAGCGUUUAUAAUAAUCCACUUUUAAAAUAACUCACCACUCAAUUUUUUUUAUUUUUUUUUGGUGUUGGAAGGCUUUUUUUAAGUUGUAAAAAUGUAAAAGCACCAUUAAAAGCAGGGUUUUAAAAUAACACCUCAAUUUUUUGUACUUUUUUUUGUCACUUCGUAAAAAGCAGCUUUUUUAAAUGACUCAGAAAAUAAGCUAUAAAGAAAAAUGGAAAAAUGCUGCAUUUUACAGCAAUUUUCCAUUUUUCUUUCUUUUUUUUUUUACAGCUUAUUUUCUUUGAAACCGUUAAAAAGUGUCCUUUUUUUUCCGGCUUUUUUUCCUGACUAUCUCACUAAAAUGCUGUAAAAAGUAGCAUUUUUUUAUUUUAUUUUUCAUGAACGCUGUACAAUUUUUUUUUCUUUUACGGCAUUUAUUUUAUGCAGUAAAAAAGCAGCAUUUUAAAAUAGAGAGCGCCAUACAGUGCAGCAUUUUAUAAUAUCUCACUAGAGCACAGUAAAAAGCACAUUUUUUCCCCCUAAUAAAACAACAUGAAAAACGGCUUUUAAAAUGGGGGGAGAAAGCAGAGACGUUUAAUGGCACUCUAAGCUCUCCAUACAUUAGCCUGGUAACUAGAAGAUUUAGAGUAUCCUGCCAACAGACAGGACGGUUCAAGAGAUGAUUUAUCAUGAUUAGUCAAAGAGAGGCCGAGGCCUUUGUUUACCUCAACUGCAGAUUUAUUUAUUUGAAUCUGAAUUUCUAAUGUUUCAUUUUUAAAGUUUAUUUGAUCCUAUUGUAGUCAGACACAUCCCCCUGUUGAUGCAGACAGCUCCGUGUUUACCAGUCGUCUGGUUCUUUCCGCAGCACUGAUUCCAUCUGUACAGCAACAGUCACGUCUUACUCACCACACUGCUGCUCUCAGUGUCAGAAAUGCUGUUUUCUUUCACUGAUUUAUUCCAAAAAUCUGGUACAUGUUCCGCUAACGGAGGACAGAAGUGAACAGUUACGCUUUUGGGGAAAAUGAUUUUACAAUCUGCAGCUUAAAUCAAUAUCACUUUUAGAUUCUGGGUCAGUCCGGCUACAGCAGCGUGAUUUGUUCACAACUGCUACAGGAAGCACUUUGAAUUCUCCGCACCUCUGGCUGCUAAAUUGAUGGACAAAACAUAAUUUCCCAGAAACAAGGUUGAAAUUUAAAAGUGAUGGUCAUAACAUAAAGGUAAAGGAACGUUGCAUUAUCCAGAAGAGUCCAGUGUUUCUGUGUUUAGUAACCUUGAGGAUAUUAUUUAAAGAGUCAAAGGAUAUUAUCUGCUGUUUUCUGUAAGCUGUUAUUUUGAAACAUUUGCAAGAAAUUAACAGCAACUUAUACGUGUCAAAAAAAGGCAAAGCACAAGCGAUGAUUUAGUGAAUAAAAACAGCGUUUGUGUUAAGAAGAGCAGAGUGGUGAGAAUGACAUGACUCAUAGUGAUGAGGUCAGUGUUGUGGAAAUGUACAUCAUACUGAAUAUAUUAAGUGAGCUAUCCAAACACGUUCUCACUCCGACCUCGUCACAUAUUAACAUUUGGUCAUGGACGUUCCGCAUCUACAUAUGACGUGCAAAGUAACCUGGGUGCGUCUGUUGACCGUCUGGGACUGUUACAUGCAUUGUCUUCUUUCAAACACACUUCCUUUUUCACAGGAAAUUUAUCGUUUACAUGCAACUGACGUUUUUUUUUCCUCCUACAACAAACACGUGGUUUGGUUUAGGAAAAAAGAACAAGGUUUGGCUUUUAUAAUCUUACGGGAAGCGAGCUCCACUCUCCUGGGUGAAAGUCAGUGUUUAUUGGACCCAUCCGCCACCCUUCCCAACCGAUCUUUGCACUUUCGUCGCCUUAACUUUCGUUCUUGUCCCAUCGCGUUUCCCUCUGAUGCCACCGAGCACCGUUAAACUGUAACAGUAACCGGUUGUGUAUCAUGCCGACUUUUUUCAUCACUGUCUGACGCUACAAGUCACUGCCCAAGGGCUAGCUUUCGACGACUUGGGAGUAAGACUGGGUUGUCAUACGGGAAGCAAACAGUGGCUCAAGGGUGAAAGUCUGUGAUUGUUGGACCCGCCCACCCUACUCUGACUUUUACACCCCUUAACUUUCCCCCUGACGCCAUUAGGUGCCGUUACACACUCAUGGCAAUGUAAAAGGACGGCUUUUAUCUUGGUAUCUGAUGCGCAAGUCUCUGCCCAAGCGCCGGUAUUUGACGACUUCGGAGUGAGACCGUAUUGAAAUUCCACCACAACUCAAUGUUUGGCUUCUUUCUUUGCGACAAGCCUUUAUUUAUCCGACCACUAUUUGAACACCGGCUUUCAUUUCAGAAGUUACAGAACCCAAAGUUGUUGUCAUGGCAGUUCCCUCCAGACGUCUGUGUAUUUCCUUGUUUCGUUUUCUCCACAAAGUCUUAACUAAGAAUGUGAGCAGACACAACCCCAGACCUAAACUCAGGUUUGGGUACUUGUCCCAACACGUGCUCGAUGGACUUCAUUCUUAAUCUUCAUUAUUACGUUGUGUCUUUUAUCGUAUGUGGACCAACUCGACUUUAUAUACAAUAGAGAGAAAAUAAAGAAAAUGUAUUGGAUACUUACUAUUAGCUUGCACUUGCCUAGAUGUUCAAGAUGUUGCAUGAUGAUUUUCUUUUUUCUAAAGAUUGUUAUUAUGGAUUUUGGAUACUGGGGAGCUCGUCUGCAACACAGUACAACACAUCACAGAAAGAAACGUCCAUCACAAGGUUUAAUCCUGAAUUCAGUCUCCAGAAGACAAACUGAAAGGAAGACUGCAAUCUGGUUUAACAUAAUCAUUAAUCAAGUGGAACCAUUCAUACUAACCAUGCAUGUCCAAAGGUUUUGACUUUGUUUACAGAUCAAAGAUUAGCCUAAUUCAAAUGUAUUUUUUGCAGGUAGCCCCACAGCACGAAUGACUGACUUUUGAUACACUAAAACAAGAUCUCUGUCAACACUGUACCUCUGUUUGCCUUUGCAGUUCACAAAAGUCUCUCCUCAGUAUUCAUUUUACAACCAACUACUAGGCAAAGGAAACUGGCUGCGCAGUCGUGUUUUAUUUUUUCAGUAGCAUAAUUUAUGCAAAAGGUGUUUUAUAGAUGUUGUAAAUGAAUAUAUUAAUAAAUAUAUUGCGUAAAUAAAUGACAAGCAAAUAUUGA